AUGGCCCAUAUCGCUGACUUCCUGGUCGACACUCCGAGUAGUGCGGGGUUGAACAAUUAUAUUGCGAGGGAGCUAUCUCCACACUCUUCACAUGAUGCCUCAACAGAGGUUCCCCAGGCGGACGAGAAGGAGAAGUAUGUCUGGAGGAUGCAUCAACCGACGGAACCACGCAAAUACCAACUGUUCCCCACAAAGGACAGACUAUCGGUAGCGGCGGGACAGAAGAAUGCAGAGGCAGAGCAGUCACAAUCACAAUCCACGACCAUAGGGCAAAAUGGGAGCACCGAGAAGGAGCGAUCACUACUUGGCACUGCACUUCGACUGAAGCCCAAAGAGCAGACCCUCAUCCGGAGAAGAAAGGUCAGUGUGCCAGAAUUGGGUCCAAUGACCACAGUGCAGGAGAUAGCCAUGGACUCUCCAACAAUACCCGGCCGCCCACCACUACAUGAACGAUCGAUCAGUGCGCCCGGGAAUAGCUGGCGGCAACAUGUCUUUGGGGAAUCCAUGAUGUCCUGCAUAUCCGGACCUGCACUGGACGAGAAUGCUGAAAUGGCUAUAUCGGCGGAUAGUACUAAUGCUCCAGCCGCAGCGAAUAUACCACAGGGUAUCCAGCAAAACUGCCAAAGCUCUUCAGCCUCUUCAUCAAACAACCCCAGAUCAGUCUCGCCGAAACAACCCCUCUCUCCAAAGUCGCUGGCUCCUCUCGUCAUCCCCUCGUCUUCACCUUCCCAAAUCCAGCGCAUUCCCCGGAAACCUUCAGGUACACGUCUGCGGUCCGGCAGCACUCCCCCAGACGUUCCACCAAAAUCAGCCAGGAUGAUAGACAACUCUCCUUACUCUCGUGCAUCCCCAUAUACUCCCAUGUCGGCAUCAAGUACCAGCCUCCUCUCCGCCACUACCGCCCCAACAUCAAUGGCUGCCACACCCAACUCCGCCAUCCCUAUUUCCAUCCCAGAAGGUCGCUCCUCACCCAAGCUCGCCCGCUCAGUAACUCCCACCCCACCCUCUGCCUGCCCCGGUCCCAUGGUCCCCGGGCACUCCCGCGGCGUCUCAGACGCCCCUCAACGCCAGUUCCCUCUCGGCGCCUCCCACGGCCACCGACGCCACGAAUCCGAAGGCGGUGCCUCAAUCAUGGACCGCGGACGACCCAAAAAACGUGCAGAUGCGUCCCCCGUCAAACGCUCGAUCUCAAAACGGUCCCCUUCCACAUCCGCCACCCUUCUCGAAGAGCAGAAAGCCUUCGAGCACCUACCCUCCGGGCACCCUGCUACAACAGCAUCCACAUUCCUCCCCGCCUCAGAAGUUGAGACACUCCGUAAACAAGCCAUCGGCCAAGCAUCCCGCUUCGAAGUCCUCAACUCCAAGGACGUUGACACUUUGUCCCGCGAACUCCGGGCUCUGGAUGAAAGAUGUGAAUAUCUCCGUAAAACGCACCGCUCUCUCCGCUCUGGAAGACGGAACCUCCACGACCGCAUUUGCACUUAUCUACGAAGUCCGCGCGUAGCGAAGUUCAGCCACGACAGCAUGCUCAAACAAGAAGAGGCGCUCUCAGAACUCGAUUCCUCUAUCGACGAUUGGGUGGCUAAGCUCGAGCAAGCGGAAAACCGACGGACGCGAGUGAGGCAGAAGUUACUGGAGCAUGUGGCUGCAGCGUUGAUUAUGCAGCCAGUGGUGGAGCAGGAGAGAGGAGGGCAUGUGGUAGAAGAGGAGAAGCAUGUUGUGCAGAUAGCACUAGCGAUGGCGAUUGCUCCGAAUGGGGAAAAUACGCCACCUCGCUCCCCUACAAAAGGCCAAUCUCCAGAAAGAUUAGACCGAGUGGUUGAGGAGGUCAAAGUCACAAGCCCUGAAAGUCGACGUGGUGGAAGAGACGUCGAAAGCAUCCGCAUUUAUGCGGAUUCAGAUUUGUCGGCUCUGUUGGCAGAUGUCGAGGAGGAGAUUAAUCGCAUGGGCGAGCAGGGGGAGAUGCAUGAGAGGGAGAGGUUGGAGAGGGAACGACAAGAGAGAGAAAGGAAAACGGAGGACACGAUUGCGGCAGGCAUCACGCUGAAUGCGGUUGCGUUUGAGGGGAUGUUAGCGCAUCAGAGGAGUUUGCAGAAUAUGAAGAUGCCGAUGCCCGAGUUUGUUUGA